GACUAAUCCUUAAGGAUGAAGCUGAAUCUUACCAAGGUAGUUAAUGGCUGUCGCUUGGGAAAAAUACAAAACUUAGGCAAAACAGGGGACCACAUCAUAGACAUUCCAGGCUGCCUUUUGUACACCAAGACUGGCUCUGCCCCACACCUGACUCAUCAAACACUGCAUAAUAUCCAUGGGAUUCCUGCAAUGGCUCAGCUUACGCUGUCAUCCCUGGCAGAACAUCAUGAAGUUUUGGCAGAAUAUAAGAAAGGAGUUGGAAACUUUAUAGGCAUGCCAGAAUCACUCUUAUACUGCUCCCUGCAGGAUCCAGUCAGCCCCUGUCCAGCUGGUUAUGUAACAAAUAAGUCUGUGUCUGUGUGGGGUGUUGGAGGACGAGUAGAAAUGACUGUAUCCAAGUUCAUGGCAAUUCAGCAAGCCCUUCAGCCAGACUGGUUCCAGUGCCUCUCAGAUGGAGAAGCAUCUUGUGAGGAAACAACUUCCACAAAGAGGGCCAGAAAGUCUGUGGACCGAUCCCUCCUAUUCCUAGAUAGCUGCCUGCGGCUACAGGAAAAAUCAGAGGUCCUUCAGAAAAGUAUCAUCAUUGGAGUGAUUGAAGGUGGAGACGUGAUGGAGGAGAGGUUGAGGUCAGCACGAGAGACAGCCAAGCGGCCUGUUGGAGGCUUCCUUCUGGAUGGCUUCUAUGGGAAUCCAGCAACCCUGGAGACUAGACUGCACUUGCUGUCGUCUGUCACUGCAGAGCUCCCGGAGGACAAACCGAGGCUCAUUUGUGGUGUUAGCCGGCCAGAUGAAGUGCUCGAGUGUAUCGAAAGAGGAGUGGACUUAUUUGAGAGUUUUUUCCCUUAUCUAGUGACAGAGCGAGGAUGUGCACUGGCUUUCAGCUUUGAUUACCAGCCGAAUCCUGAAGAGACAUUAUUACAACAGAAUGGGACACAAGAAGAAAUCAAAUCUGUGGAUCAAAUAGAGAAAAUUAAAACAACUGAUUGCAACCAAGAAAUGACAUCAUUUGAAAUUAAUCUGAACGAAAAAAGGUAUCAAGAGGACUUUAACCCACUGGUAAGAGGGUGUUCCUGUUAUUCCUGUAAAAAUCACACUCGUGCAUACAUCCACCAUCUACUGGUGACCAAUGAGCUGCUGGCUGGGGUCCUGCUAAUGAUGCACAAUUUUGAACACUACUUUGGAUUUUUCCAAUCCAUCCGGGAAGCAUUAAAAAGUGACAGACUGGCACAGUUGAAAGAACUCAUCCGCAGGCAAGCAUGUUAAGAAUUGGCAAUACAAAUCUGCCUCUGCACUGAGCUUGUAUCACGGUUAUAACAUGGAAAGAAGAAAAGAAGAAAUAGUCGUAGUUUGAAGCAUUUAAAUCUGGAAUAAAAUCUGUCAAAAUAAAGAAUGUCUGUCCCAAACUGCCCACAUGAGGGUGAAAAGAUGUCUUCUAAAGACUUAAAUGGCCUAGAUUGAUCCAAAAGGAUUGAACCAUCAUCUGUAAAAUUUCUAGGCCAAUUCUAUUAGUAGGUAGAGACUCAUUUAGUAAAAAACCAGAGGUGAGAAGAUACCCUCGAAGAGGAGGAUGAGAUUCUGGGAACACUGAGAUGGAGAUGACUGUGCAUGAGUAGCAUAACCUCUGUGGACACAUGUCUGUUGAUUGGGGUUUUCUUAAUUUUGAUCCUCAUAGUUGGGGAGCUCUUUUGGAUACUUUUACCUUCCAUACUGCCGUGGUAAUACAGUCACUCCAAAAGGGCUCUUGUGACUUAACCAUGUUUGCCUCUGCCCUGGAACAUGGGGCUUAACCAAUGCUCCUACGAACUUUGACCCAAGUCAUUCUCCUUCAUUUGGCCAUUGGGUCUAUUUGUCUUCCUAGAACCACUGUUCUUGCCUGUAGGAUCCAAAAGUGUACCUAGCUGCUUUCGACUGGUCAUACAGAUCCACUAUACUCCACCCUUCAGGUUCAUAAAAAUCCUAAUCAUGAAAUGACUGUAGUCCUGUCACUUGUGAAGAUUCAUUUCUAGUUUGUCCCCUUGGAUGAAGCCUGGUGGGCAAUUAGAAGAUCAGUUUUAGUCCUACUUAGCUGUGUUGCCUAGGAAAACGAGUUAGGCCUCUGUGCCUGUUACCUCAUGAAUAAACAGGGACAGGCAUAGUGGAUAUGAGCUUCUAAGAAUCUUCUAGCUUUAAAAUUUGAGGAACAACCAGGCAUGGUAGUGUACAUCUAUGUGUUCAUACUUCUUGUUCAAUGCCAAGCCCAUCUAUAAUCUUAGCUACUCAGAAGACUGAAAGCAGGAAGAUUCCAAGUUAGAGACCAGCCUGGGCAGCUUAG